GUCGUGUAGUGGUCAGGGACCAUCAUCACGCAUUGCGUGCAAUCGUGACAAACAGCGGGUGCUUUGCUCCCUAAGUGUGUCAUAACGCCCAAUCGGGCGGUUGGUGCGAGAAGCAUUGUAGCAUCUAUGAUUUGGAGGUAAAGUCUCACUCUUUACAACUGGCCGAGCGUCUGGGAAAUUAAUUUGUUCUGUGCCGACAUCACAAUAAAUUGUUGGAUAAAUCGCCGAACUUUAUUGUACAAUACACUCCAGGAUAAAAAGAAAAUAUCUUCCUAAAAAACAUCCUUACGUUUAACAUCGGGACUUGGCCGAUCCUACACUUGAACGUGAAGGAGGGAUUUGCAUUUGCCGCCAACUGCAAUCAUCUAUGAGUGUUUGUAUCUACCCAUAAUUGUAAUCACCGACGCUGUGGUAAGUCCACGAAAUAAUUAUUUGUCACAUUUGGUCCUUGAUCCAUUCUAUUUGAUAUUACGUUAUUUGCAAAGAGUUAAUUUCUUUCGACUCCAUUUUUAUUUAUAUAAAAAUUAUUUGACAAACGUUGCGACGAUUAUAUUUUGGUGUGCGUAAGUGUAUGUGUCGUAUGAAUGAUUAUCUGAUUAUAAAGUGUUAGUUUUGUUUUAAAUUUCGAAUCGUAUCGCGAGAUAAAUUAUAUUGUAAAUUAUAUUGAUUUAAUUGUCGACGGAAAUAAAUUUCAUACAUCAUUAAACUUAGGCAUAAUUUCUUUUUCGUAACUUUAACAUUAACUUAUCUUUUAUUUCAAUUUUGUUUAAAACUAAGAGGAUAAGAAUAAAUGAGUAAAAAAGAUUUGUUACAAUUGGCGCCCAACUAGAGGCAAUUAAUUCUUUGCAAAAAUAAAACUGUAUAAUAUUUUUAAAUUCUAAUUCGAUAUUUUAUUUUUAUGUAAUGGCGAAUACGAGGUCAGCGGCUAAAGAUAAAAUCAAUGACAACGACGAAGGCUUUCAAAUGUGUUUACAACUACAAGCCGAAUUGAGGGAAAUGAAGGAUGAGUUGACGCGAGUCCAAACACAACGGACUGAAUCUGAUAAGGAAAACGAGACCUUGCGAAAUGAAAUUCGAAGAAUGAAGGUCGAUUUUGAACAACAAUGGAAUAAUAAAUUUGCUGAAAUGGGCAAAGGUGGAUUAAAAACAGACGUAGGUGCUCAAACCGAUAAUUUUGAAAUUUAUGUAAGUAAUAAUAUUGAAAAUAAUAUAGUCGACAGAACGGAGGAUAAUGGUGUUACUGAAUUUGAGGGACAGUCAAGUUAUUCUGAUAAACAAGAUGAUAGUCGAUAUAAAAGGCGGGAAGAAUAUAGUAAAAAACCGCGUGAGGGGAUUUGUGGGAAUAACGAACGGCACGGUGACCAAAAUGAUUUUAUGAGGGGUAUCGUGUCAUAUUUUGAUUCGUUGCAAGUAACUAUUCCUUUACCAAAGUUUGACGGAUUAAAUAAAAAUCCGAUUGAGUUUAUCAGUGACAUAGAAAAAUAUUUUACUAGAAAAAAUAUUUCCGAAAAUUUACAACUCGUAAUAAUAGAAGAGGCGUUAAUCGGUAAGGCGAGAAUGUGGCAUGAUGCUCGUUCUUUCCCAUUUAUUAAUUACCAACACUUUAAAAAUAAAUUCCUCGAAGAAUUUUAUUCGAUUGAAGCUCGUAUGAUGGCAAAAUCCGAAUGGGAAAGUCGACGUUAUAAAUCGAAUGAAAAUUCUUUACAAGGGUAUUACGUGGAGCAGUUAAGUCGCGCUAAAUUUUGUUUAUCGUCAUUAAAAGAAUUCGAAGUUAAUUACCUAAUAAUUAAACAAUUGCCGCAAAGGGUCAGGGAAGUACUUUCUACCAUUGAUUACAAUGACACGUCAAGAAUAAUGCAAGCGUUAAAUCGGCUGGAUGCAACUCGUCGUGACAUUGAAGGGGGAAUUUCCUCGAAAAAUAAAAAUAAUACGGAAUCGACAAUUAAUAAUUCGAAUCAUAAUAAAUUCUAUAAACAAAAUAAUCAAAAUGAGGGGAAUACCAUUGCGAAGAACAAUGGUGAACCGACGGGUCAACAGCAAAGUAGGUCGCGAAAUUUUGAAAGCGAUCGACAGAAAAAUUGGAGACAACCGGGACAAUCAUCGAAUAACAACGGACGCGCUCAAUACGUAAAUACAAAUGAUAAAAAUGAGGACCGUAGUGGGGGAAAUAAUAUUAAACCGAGUUCAAGUAUUAAUGCCAUGUGGAAUUCUAAUAUAUCGGAAUUUAUUGACGAUCUAUGUUGGGACGUAGUACCGGGGGUGAAUGAGAUAAGUAGUGAAAUCGAGACAAAAAUAGUUAGCCCGAGAAUCCGUGCAACAAUUGAAAAUCAUGAAGUCGCUGUUUUAGUAGAUAGUGGGAGCGAGGUAACCGCGAUAUCCGAAAAUUUUUAUAAUUCGUUAAAAAAGCAUACUAAAAUCAUAGAAUUGCCAGUGAGUAAUAUAACAGUUAGUGUUGCGGUGGGAAAAAAAUCGACGACAAUUCGAAGACAAGUGCAAUUAACACUUAAAAUCGAGAAUAACAAUUUCGUAGCUCCAUUUUUAAUAGUACCGGGAUUGGCGACGAAUGUAUUAGUUGGAAUUAAUUGGUUGUUAAAAUUUAAAUGUAUGAUAGAUAUCGAAAAUCAAAAAAUUCAAAUAGCCGGAAAUUUUUUGCCGGAAUCAUUAGUUACAUUUAAAAUGUCCGAGAAAAGAGAAAUUAAUUGUCGUAUCGUAACUGCAACAAAUGAAUAUAAUAAUGAUCGAGAGAAUUCGAAUAGCGAACAGGAAAUCGACGGAUAUAAUAUUCAAGAGAGAUCGAGUAAUGAUAUCGAGUCAGAACAAGUUUCGUACAAUAUGGAAGAGUUUGCUCAGGAAAUUGACGAAUAUUUGUUUAAAUUAAAGUCAUUUGAUAAAGCUAGUAAACAAAAGAUUAAAGACAUCUUAAUUAAAUAUCGUCGCGUAUUUUCAAAGCGUCCAGGUUGCACGAAUGUCUAUGAACAUCGGAUUACUCUCGAGAAACAAAAAACUAUUGUGAGAAAAUCAUACCCUGUCGCGUUAAGUCGUCGAGAUGCGGUACGUAAGGCGAUUCACUAUAUGCUGGGUUUGGGAAUUCUAGAAAUUUCAUAUAGCGAUUGUUGUAAUCCCCUACGUAUAGUAUUUAAAAAAAACGGGGAUGUACGCCUUUGUUUAGACGCACGAUUUAUAAACGUAUGUAUCAAAUCAGAUAAUGAAAGUCCGCCGAUUAUGGAGGAGCUGCUCCAGAAAUUUGAGGGGGCAAAAUUCCUUUCGACAACGGAUCUGGUAAUGGGAUAUUGGCAGAUACCUUUGGAAGAAGAAUCGCGAAAGUACACUGCUUUUUUGUUUAAAGGUCACCUGUAUCAAUUCACGCGUGUGCCCUUUGGCCUAAAAACGGCAGAAAGCGGAUUUAUACGCGCGUUGAAUAUCGCAUUAUGACAGGAAUUGUCUGAAUUUAUUUCAGUUUAUAUCGACGAUAUUUUAGUAGCGUCGCGAAGUUUCGAUGAGCACUUAGAUCAUUUGUCGAGAUUAUUUAAAAAAUUAAUAGACAGUGGAUUUACGUUGAGUCUUGAAAAAUCGGCUUUUUUUGCGAGGAAGUAUCUUUUUUGGGAUUUAAACUCUCGUCAGAAGGAAUUAGGCCAGAUGAGGAUAAAUUAUCGGUAAUUAAUGAUUUCCCGUGUCCCAAGGACAAAAAGCAACUGCAGGCAUUUCUCGGGGUAUGCGGUUACUACCGAAGGUUUAGCAUAAGGCAUGCCGAUUUUGUGGGACCGUUUCGAGAUCUGUUAAGUAGUUCAGGGGAAUGGAGAUGGUUAGAAAAGCAUUCUAUCGCGUUUCAAGAAAUGAAAAACAAUUUUGUUCGGUCCGUUACGCUUAGUCACUAUAUGCCAAAUAGAAGUUUCAAAUUGCAAACUGACGCAAGUGAUGUGGGAAUAAGCGGGAUACUGUACAGUACUUUUCAAUUAUGCCUUCUAAAAUGGAAGGCACUAGUUUCAAGAGGUUUGCCUACUAUCUAUGUUGUUUCUGCGCCUUGGCGUAUUAGACGAGUGGAAUGUCGAACUGGACUGUCAAAACAUUGAAAAGAGGUUUUGUUUACGUUUUAAAAAUGUAGUUAUAUUAUGUGAGAAAGU